CAGUGAUUAAAUUUAACGCAACUUGUGUACAUGGUCAACCUUCUUUGGGUUUUUCCUUCCUGGAAAGCCAAACCCCCACGUUGGUGCCUCUCUGUCUCUUCAAUUUGUAAAUAUACCUAUAUCUAAUUCUUUGAUAUAUAUAUAUAUAUAUAUGAUGAAGGAGAUAGAAUAGGAGCAAGAUGAAAGAAAGAAUUGAGAUGGAGCAGACCCAAGGAGGAGAAGAAGCAGAGAGGCGGCGGAGGGUGGUGGUGGUUGGUGGCGGAAUUGCCGGUUCCCUCGUUGCCAAAUCUCUCCAAUUCCACGGCGACGUCACCCUGAUUGAUCCGAAGGAAUAUUUAGAAAUUCCGUGGGCAAGCUUGAGGUCUAUGGUGGAGCCAUCGUUCGCAGAGAGAUCAUUGAUCUACCAUAGAGAUUACCUUACAAAUGGUCGUAUAAUCACAUCGAGCGCUAUCAGUGUCACUAAUACUGAAGUCUUGACUUCCGAGGGGCGUCUAGUUGGCUACGAUUAUCUUGUCAUCGCCACUGGCCAUGCUGAUCCCCUUCCGGUAUCCAAAUCUGAUCGAUUUAAACAAUAUCAAGCAGAACAUGAGAAAAUUGAGAAGGCUAGUUCCAUUUUAAUCGUGGGAGGCGGACCCACAGGCGUCGAGCUAGCUGGAGAAAUCGCUGUCGAUUAUCCUGAUAAAAAGCUCACUUUGGUGCACAGUGGAACUAGAUUGCUACAAUUCAUUGGACCAAAAGCUUCAAACAAGACUCUGGACUGGUUGAAAUCGAAGAAAGUGGAAGUGAAAUUGGAGCAAUCUGUGGAUUUGAAAUCUGUUUCGGAAACAAGCAAGACAUUUUUAACAUCAUCUGGAGAAACUGUGAAUGCAGAUUGCCAUUUCUUGUGCACCGCAAAGCCAAUGGGUUCGACAUGGCUAAAAGAAUCUGUGUUGAAGGAUAGCUUGGAUCAUUUUGGAAGGAUAAUGGUUGAUGAGAACUUGAGAGUUAAAGGUCACCCGAAUGUUUUUGCCAUUGGAGACAUCACUGAUAUAAAGGAAAUUAAGCAAGGAUAUUUGGCACAAAAACAUGCUCUAGUGGCGGCAAAGAACUUGAAACUUUUGAUGAUUGGAGGAAAAGAAAAGCAAAUGGCUAGUUAUCAUCAGGCUCAUUCUGCAAUUGCACUUGUUUCGUUGGGGAGGAAAGAGGCAGUAGCUCAAUUGCCUUUCACAACACUCAUUGGACAUAUACCUGGUUUGAUCAAAUCCAGAGACUUAUUUGUGGGAAAGACAAGGAAGCAAAUGGGUCUUAACUCUUGAUCACCCACCCUCAUAAUUUUUUUAUUUUAUUUUAAUGGAAUGAUUCUCCCCAAUUCACACAAUGUUACUUAAUUUUGAUGGUACGAGUCAUUUAUUUUUUAAGUCCAUUUGUAUAAAUCACCUGUCAAAAAUGAUAUAAUCUUUUCAUGUCACAUUAUUUCA